GGUCUGCCGGUUAAAUGCAUGUCUUUUCUGCUAUACAUAGCCACCUUUCUUCUGACUUUGAUGUCGUCUGUGCCUUGUUAGACAGAUGGACUGACAUACUUAGUUCUACUAUUGAUAGCGCUACAGAAGCAGCGCAACAGGACAUUUUCCGUUAGUUUUUGUUUUUUCCUCAGCUUGCCUAACUGAUCCCAUUUGCACAUAUUCCCUACAUCUGGUGCAAUGGUCUAGAGGCGAUGCUCCAGCAGAAAGGAUUGUUGCGCGUCUUCAAGCGGAAGACGGUGCGGAGUUACUUAUGUUAACGUUCAAAGUAAAUCCAUAAAAAAGACAGGGAGAAGAAACGGAUAAGAGUUGUGCUGAGGGGCUGAAGUGUGACUUCGGGAACCGACCGGGCCUACACGUCAGAGGAUGGCACUCUUCAUGUUUAGCAAAUGUCGCUCAGGGCCAGUAAGGGUGAGCAAAGCACGGAUGGUCCUGUGCAGCCUCCUAUUGUCUCUUCUGAUAUACCUUUUCCAAAGGUCCAAGGCCACAGUCCUUGUCAACGGCGGUCAUCCUCCUAUCCUAGGCCUGGAGCCCGUCGAGGGGGAAGCAGACACUCCAGACACGGGCACCUCAUUAGGACAUCAGCCUCUCCUGGAGACCCCCUGGGGAGCCCCUUUGGUGUGGGGGGAGAGCAGCGAGUCAGCAAAUCACAGGGCGAAAUUCUCCCAGCGGGAGGUCCGCGUGGGCCUCCUCGUGCUAGCCGUGGGCGCUUACGGCCUGCACCUUCGCCGCUUCCUCCUGUCGGCCGAGGUCAACUUCCUCCCGGGCCGGGGGGUCACGUACUACGUGCUUUGCGAUAAUCCCCGCUCCCUGGAGCCCCCCAUCAAGCUGGCCCCGGAGAGGGACCUGAAGGUGGUCCCCGUGGCGGAGAUGCCCGGCUGGGACAGGUUGGCCCGUCGCCGCAUGGACCUGAUCGCCGCCGCCAUCAAAGACGAGGUCGGUGACGAGGUGGCGUACGUCUUCUGCGCCGACGUCGACCAGGAGUUCACGGCGCCGGUGAGAGAGGAGAUCCUGUCGGAGCUGGUGGCCACCCUGCACCCCGAGCUGUACGGGAUGCCCCGGCACGCCUUCCCCUACGAGAUAGAGGAGAGCUCUGCGGCGUGCGUGGACGAAGACGAGGGAGACCUCUACUACACCUCGGAGCUGUACGGGGGGCGGGUGGCCGAGGUGUUCCGCCUGGCCCGGGCCUGCUCCCUGCUCAUCCUGGAGGACCAGGAGAAGGGGUUCAUGGCCAGGGGCAUGGAGGAGAGCUACCUCAACCGCUACCUGAUCGACCACAGGCCCACGUGCGUCCUGUCCCCGGAGUACAGCUGGUGGGACUCUGCGCUGUCGGCGGACGUGCCCGUGCAGCGGCUCAUCUCCCUGGGGAGACAAUGCGAGGCUCUGGAUGAGAGGAAGAGAGAAGAACGCAGAUGCUGAAGGGAUGGGUCAAAGACAGGGCAGCCUGCUGGCUAGCCCCGGCUUGGAGUUAAGGUUGGAGACACCACUGAAGAGACAUGCAAAGGCCUAAAGGUUUCAUUCUAGCAAUUUAACUUUUAUUAAAAUGAAUUAAAAAUUUGAACAAUCUAAACCGGAGCACAAUACAAUAGCUGUGUUUUAUACUUUACAAGGGAAACCCAAAUGUAUGCUUAGCAUUUAUUAAAUACCUAAUAAAAACCUUUUGACAAGGCAAGCAACCUCCAUACUAGACCCCAUCUUGUAAGCCUGUUUAAGCCACAAGCAUGCUGAGCGGAAAUGUGCAAUCUGCUCUCAAUUAAUAGAAUAGCAUUUCUGCACAAUGGCCAUGUUUUCUCUAGCAGACAAAGAGGAAAAAUGACAUGCCUCCACCCCAUUAAGGUCAGCUAUAGAGAUAACCUACCCUCAGCUUUGCAGGCAGCAGUGAUAAGAGUCAACAGCGUAAGUGCACACUUUCCCUACAUAGUGGUGAAUCAUUAACUGGAAAAGCUGCUGUUUUUCAAGGUCUUUAAAUAGCAGAUGAGGGGAGGGGGAACAGGGGGUGUUGUGGAUGCUUUAAUAAACAUGCCCCUGUUGUUGUACCAUAAUAAUCUUCACUGGGAAUGCUGCAUUUGUACAAAUUUGGAGAGCGAGGGAGAGAAACUAAUAAGGAUUUUAACUUGGUACCUUUUGAAUACCCACCCUGCAGCUUCUCACACACAUAAACACUCUACGUGACUUUCUCUCUUUGUCUGCUUGUGUAAAUGGGAGGAUAACAGUACAGCAGAUGUUUCUUUCCCAUGCCAGUAGAGCCUUUCGCCUGGGCCAGAUUGCCACGUGGAUACAUGCAUAAUGGGCUCACCGGUUAUUACUUUUAUAGCUUGAACUUGAAGAUGUGUGCAAUUUUUGCAACCACCCAUAUAAGUUGGAUAUACAUUAAAACACUUCAUGCAGAAGU